AUGUAUCACAUGACCCCCUCCCAUGUUACGGGUCGGGAGGAAGAGAGGCACGAAGAAGGCUCUCGCAGCUUGACCGCGCGACGGACGAACUCAAGUCCAGCCAAGACACGUCGAGAGAGCUCUUCCACCGGCCCAUCCGCGUCGGGGUUUCCUGCAUCUCGAGAGGAAUACGGAUGCACAGGGGGAGAGAGGAGAGAAGGGAAGGGCGCAAAAGCCGAAGCGCGGCGGUUGAACGCCGAAGAAAGUCCUAGCGCGCUGGUUGGUCACGGGGAAGCAGUCUGGAACCCCGCGGAACUCAUAGAAGCGCAGCAGGUGGGUCCGGGUGGGGAGGGCAACGCUGGAAAACACAACUGUGCUGUCCUGUUUCGGAACUACUCUGGGGUUACUCCGUACCCGUCCCAAGAAAAGGGAGAGCGAUGGGAGGCUCCUUUUGGCUUAUGUAAGGUUAUACCAGCGUGUGCCAAGACCGCGCCUUGA